AGUGUUGUCAGAACAUUGAUGAUCAACGUUUGAGGCUGCGUAAAUAAUAUAAAUAAAGAAAUAAAAUGAAAGUGACAAUUUUUCUUUUCAUUCUUCUUGUUAUCGCAAUCUCCUCUAAUGGAAGUUUGAUUGAAAGAAUGAAAAGAUCAUUUGAAAUUCGAGAUUGUUUUGGAGAGAACGGAGAUCGAAUUAAAAAUCAUGAUAACUGUAGACAAAUAUGGGGAAGCAGCACUCAAGUCAAUGAUACCGAAUCUGAAGAGAAUGUAACUACAGAAAAGCCUUCAGAUGAUACUGACGAUGACACUGAAGAUGCACAACUAGAACUUGAUACUCGUUUCGCUCUUGAUGUUCCUAUUCAAUGUCCGACCGGUCAUAGACUAGUUAGAGGAAACUGCAAGAAACGAAAAUAUUAAUUGGAAUUAUUUUGCAUGAGAUUUUCUUUCUAUUCCUACUUAACAACAUAAAAAAUAUUAACAAAUUUAAUAAACAUUAAGUUAUUUACAUUGUUAUGAAUUCCUUCAGAACAUUCUUUAGUGACGACAGUUCAAUGACGCAAAGAAUCUCCGCGAAUUCGGAAUCAAAUGAAAAGAAAAGCGUUCCGAUUAUGCUGAAUGUUAAUGCAGUACCAUCAUGUCCUAGUGGCUACAAGCUUAACAGACGUGGAACAUGUAAACAGUUAAUGAUUUGGAACACAUAGCCAGAUGUAAUCAUUUGCAAAAAUAAAUUUAUUAAAAACAUUUUUGUAAAAUAUUCAUUAAUUAAUAUGGAUAAAUAUAAAAAUGAGAAUUCUUGGAAGAAUUGAAGUUUCUUAAAACUUUAAAUUGCUUAUUUUUAAAGAACUCAAGUACCGUUGAUGGAAGUCCCCUUCAUAAGUAAAUUAGCAUAAUGUCGAC